ACAAAAACGAUUCUGACGUUUGUGUGACGUUUGUGCGAAAACCAAAACAAAGACAUAAAUUUCGUUUUUUUAGUGAAUUGAUUGUUAAUAGAAUUUUGCUGAUAUUAACUAUUGCAUAUACUACACACAGUAUUGUAAUUAACUACUGAAGAUGUAUGGAUAACACUUUUUUGUAAGAAACCGCUAAAGUGAGGUUAACUAAGAAGAAAAUAAAUUGUUGAUCGUUCUGAGAAAAUUCAACAUAGUAAACUAAAUGAACCAUACUCUUCUAUUACUAUGUAGUUUCAUGCUGCAGUGUUGUGCGUUAUCAGAGAAGCAUUUAAAUGUAUGCUUAAGAAUUGACUUAUUUUUUUAUGCAAAGGACUGCCAAGCAUUCAUCUUAAGAAGUAGCCAAUCUGAACACACAGGCUAUAAGAGGUUUCUAUUAGAAGAAUUAAUAGUAGAAGAUAAAAUGUCAAGUGAAAGUAGUUUUUAUCGACCAAGGAGUGCACUAGCCCGAGCACUGUGUGAGAAACAAAACAAUGAUAGAUAUCUCCAGGAACUCGAUCAGAAUGAGUGGUACCGAGUGAAUCGAGAUCGGCUAAGUCCAGAGCUGCAGCAAAAAUUCGUCCAGCUUCACCCUGAUGAAGAGACGAAACAAUUUCUCUCUGCCUCCAUCGAGAAGUCGUCUUGGGUCUGGACGCAGAUCUGGUAUCUUCUAGCCAAAGCUGUUUUGAAACGUUUCUGGUCGAUAACCGACAUCAAUGGGUGGUUGGGUCGUGGUUCAAUGUUUGUUCUGUCAGAGGCACAAGCACGGAAUUUGCUGAAAUGGACUCGAAAGCAAGCGGGACGGCUUGUGGAUCUCGGGGCAGGCGAUGGCGAAGUAAGCCGAAGAUUCGCUCACAUAUACUCGGAUAAAUAUGCUACUGAGAUAUCAUGGAGCAUGAGGAAGACACUGGCCAAGAAGGGAUACACGUUAUUAGACGUGGAUGAAUGGUGGCGCGACCAGCAGUUCGACUGUGUGUGCACGAUGAACUUGUUGGAUCGAUGCUCCAAACCGAAGACGAUGUUGAAACAAGCUCGAGCCGCGAUCGCUCCUGGGGGCGUUUUACUCGUGGCGCUCGUCUUACCUUACAAGCCUUACGUUGAGGCGACCUCAGACCAUAAGCCUGAGGAGCGUCUUCCGAUCUACGACUGCUGCGAGUUCGAAGACCAGGUGACGGCCUUCGUGUCGUUCAUGGAGAAGGAAGCCGGCUACGAGCUGGUCUCCUGGACGCGGACGCCGUACCUCUGCGAGGGAGACUUCGCUCAGGCCUACUACUGGCUCGACGACUCCGUAUACGUGUUCAAGCCUAAAGCCAUCCCAUCCGAAUGAAAGCUAAGCCAUUACUUAUAAUUAACUCUUAACGAAUUUUAUCUGCAUUUAUUUAAACUAAUAGUUUAGGCGUUUCGUCAAUUUCAAAUAUAUACUUAUGUAACUAAGAUAUCUUAUUUGUAAUCGCAAAAAAAUCGCGUUAUUUAUAAUCGUUAUUAGAUUAUAAUUAAACACGUUGUUCAGUGAUGAAUGAAGUCUAUAAAUUCUUUUUUUAUCUGUAAUAUACUAUGAUAUAAUGGCCACUCGCUUAUUAGAAUUUUUGACAGGUUUAUAUCACAGACAUCUCGUUACCAUUUUGGACAUACAUUGUCCACCUUCCAUUGGGCAAAUAUUUUCAAAGACACAAAAUUGAUAAAUUUGUAUUUGCUUUGAACACGAUAUAACUGCCGUGAUUUAUUUGCAAGAGUAUUAAGACUGUUGAUGUAUCAACAAAUCGAAUUACACUUGACACGAAUUACACUUGCGUGCAUAACUCGUCAUUCCUGACAUACAAUAUUAAAAUAACAAUACAUUCCGUUCAUUCUUUUAUUUUCAGCCAGUAAAACAUUUUAAAAAUAAUGUUAAGAAUAACAAAGUAAUAAUGCCUUAAAUAGAAGUGAAUUGUAUAUACUUUACCGGUGCCUAAUGAAUCAGGUAUAACUCGUUAUAUUAAAUUAAACAUUUUUGAUAUUAAAUAUUUAAUACAGAUUAAGUGACUUUUUUAAUGUACCUACUCAUUGUUGAGAUUACAAAAACAAAAUGAACUUUGGUUCCAAUUUUCAUAUAUUCCGUAUGGUUAUUAUAUGGUAUUAUACUGGUUAAUUAUAUAAAAUAUGUAUGUGUAUAUUAGUUAUUUACUAACUUAAGGAAACGCUACCAAAGUGUAUAAUAUGAUUCACUCAGGGUGUAAGAGAAGCGCUCUCGUAAACGGUCAUUGGUUUUAGUGAUAACAGUUAUUAUUACAUUGAAUUGUAUUGUUUUGGAACGAAGUUCCUUAUCGCGCGUUGUGAAAGGGGGCUAGACGGAAAAAAUUCUUACGAAAAGUUGUCACGACACUUUUUAGAUCCAUCAUUCUGACCAAUCAACGUGUAGGCGCUUAUCGCGUGACAUUGCUCGUAUCCGAUUAGCCCGCGUAAUGAGUACAGUUUCUCGAGAUAGCGUUUCAACAAUAGUAAUUUAGUUCAUAGUAUUGUUUUUUUCUUCUUCAUAAUGCCGUAAUUUAUUAUUAUAACUUAAAAAAAAUUUACAAUUCCUUCACUAAUUAAUCGAAAGGAACUUCGUUCCAUCCGGGUGUCCCUUGACACCUCUGAAGUUUUUUUUAUUCUUGACGUGAAUAAAUAAUGAUUGAAAAACCAUUUAUGUACAUUUAUAUUUAUCAUCGUGACGUAAUUUCAGUUAUGAAUCAGCUGAGACGCAGGGUCAAUGGUCUCGCACGCGCGCGAGGAAAGUUGAGCGAGUUAGUGAAUGUUUUAUAUACGUUUGAGAUUUUAUUUAUUGUUUUUUUUUUCUAUCUAAGCUGAAGUCCUUGAGAGGCUAUUUCAGCGUAGCCCUAUCAAGUAGGUGAGCUCGCGGGCCUCAAACCUGACGAAGCUGCUAAUACUGACCCUAGCAAGAGCCGUGCUUCGCAUAAUCUACCACCGGAUCGAAAACGCGACCCACUGAGAAGAUCCGGCGAGAAACUCGGUGGGUUUUGUCUGUGGAUUAAUUUACUCUUCGAGCCCUUGGUCGCAAGCGACGGAUCCGGCGAGAACGAUGACCGGAUUUAUUACUCGCUAAAGCGCGUAAACAUCGUCAUGUCCUUAACGUUGCCUUGAGAUUCAGUCUAAGCCUUUGUUAUAUUGUAUAACAACAGUAAUAGGCAGGGUGGUGGGAAUCACACGUAAGGACCAUACAAGCUACGACGAGUACAUUGCCGAUUAAUGAAAUAUGGAAUGCGAUAUGUGUUAAAAGGUUUUUUUUUACUGGUGGUAGGACCUCUUGUAUGUCCGCGCGGGUAGGUACCACCACCCUGCCUAUUUCUGCCGUGAAGCAGUAAUGCGUUUCGGUUUAAAAGGUGGGGCAGCCGUUGUAACUAUACUGAGACCUUAGAACUUAUAUCUCAAGGUGGGUGGCGCAUUUACGUUGUAGAUGUCUAUGGGCUCCAGCUACCACUUAACAACCAGGUAGGCUGUGAGCUCGGCUACCCAUCUAAGCAAUAAAAAAUAAAAGUGAAGCAUGCGUCACUUAGCAAAUCAAUAAGAUUUUCCAUAUGCAAUAACUAUUAGUAGAAUGAGAGAGCGAUUUUUUCAAUAAUAAUAAAAUAGCUAAAAAUAACGUAAGUCAGCUUCACAAAGAAUACCGUUUUUCGUUUCUAGUAUUAUUACCGAUUCUGCAUCGUGAACUCUUCUGUUACACCCUGUAUGUUGAUCGAGUGAUUAUAUUCUUUUUUUUUUCUAACAAAGAAAUUUAUGUCAAAUCAAUAUUUAAACCAUUAAUUAAGUAUAAUAAAUGAUUUGAGUAUUAGAAAGAAAUCAAUCAAAUUAAUUGUGUAUAAGGUACAGCGAGCUUAUGACCGCGGUUUCAUGCGUAAUUUAGCGAUAUAUAUUAUAUUUUUCUUUUUUUAUGAAAAUUUGUUGUUUACGUCAUCGUUGGCUGUCCAAGCGUGUUUUUCUUUAAAUCGUGUAUUUAGCCGAAUGACAAUGUAAAAUACAGAUCACAAUGUCACUCUUUAUAUGGUACAACGCGGUUAUAAAGAGGAAAUGCGGGUGCUGAGAAAGUUAUCUAAAAUAUAUUUGUCUCCUCAUCCGAAUAUAGAUGAAUAACAGAACAGAACAUAUUGAAAAUAGGCAAAUGAAAAGUCUAAGUUUCGUAUUCCCGUUUCCUGGACCAAAAUUAGACCGUUUUUUAAGUGAAAACUUCUUCGACACUGUUUUGCUGCAAAAGUCACAAUAAUACACAAAGAGUGACACUUAAAAUAGACUAUAACUGUAUAAACUUACUUGAGACCUUAGAACUUAUAUCUCAAGGUGUGUGGCGCAUUUACGUUCUAGAUGUCUAUGGGCUCCAGUAACCACUUAACACCGGGUGGGCUGUGAGCUCGUUCGUCCACACGUCUAGCAAUAAAAAAAAAUUAAAAAAAAGUACAAUAAUAUAGCAAUGUAAAGACGUAGCAGCUGUAGAUAUAAACAUUAGUGAAAUGUAUCUCCAAUUUUUAUGGGCAAAACGCCACCCGCGUUUCCUCUUUUAGUGACACCAGUAUAGUUAGCAUCUUCAAAUCUUAGCCGAAUAUCGUACACUUUUGUAAUAUUGUACACACUGUAAUACAGGAAUAUAAAAAAUUGGAUACCUUAUCGAAAUUGGUUCAGCCAUUCCGGAGAAUGGUGCACGAACGCACAGACAAAAUGUCUGUUAACGAUUUUAUUAUAUGUAAUUCUUUCUACGCAUUUUCCAUGUAAUAUUUGUAAAGUAUUUUGAAAGAGCUUAAAUGUGAAGGUUGCACGCCAUACUGAUGUUUGAGCGAUGGGUACGUUAAAGAUCAGAUAGAGACUAAUGAGCUCGUCUGGUCGUCUAAGCUACUAAAACAGCGGUUCGAUUACUCGUUUGCCUUAAUAGGCAGUAAAAGUACUUUUAUUCAUAUAAAACAAUUUAUAUUAGUAUUAUCGUAAUAAUAAUGUCAAUAUAAUCAUUUAAUAAAGUACCUACGAAAUACACAGGACAUCGAAAAAAGUACAAAAUUAUAUAUAUUUUUUUCAGUUAUUUUUGAUAUUUGAAACAUCAAUGCAUGUUUCUGCUGUUAAUGUAAGAUUAUGUUCUGUGCCAAAUAAAUGUUCAUCUAAUAAAUAAAUAAAUAUAUACGUUCCGAUUUACACGUUUUUAUCUUAAGGACUUCCUAUCUGUACAUUUAAGUAGGUAUAUUUACAUAUAUGUACCUAUGUACUAACUCGAUUUUUUUAUUACAUGUUGUAGAAAAUAAAAUUAAUCGAAAAUA